AUGCAUAUUUUAUCAUGUUCUUGUCUUAAUGUUGUGCAGAUGGUUGUCAUAAUAGUGUAUGUUUUCUUGUACGGAAGACUUUACUUAGCAUUAAGUGGACUUGAGUUUGCAAUUAUGAAGCAAGCACGGAUGAGAGGGAAUCGUGCACUUCAAGCGGCUAUGGGAUCUCAGUCUAUUGUGCAGCUAGGUCUUUUGAUGGCCUUGCCAAUGUUUAUGGGGAUUGGACUAGAAAGAGGUUUCAGAAGCGCCCUGGGGGAUUUCAUAAUCAUGCAGCUUCAGCUCUGUUCAGUGUUCUUCACUUUCUACCUUGGGACCAAGUCACAUUAUUUUGGCCGCACAAUUCUCCAUGGUGGUGCAAAAUAUAGAGCAACUGGCAGAGGUUUUGUUGUUCGCCAUGUAAGGUUUGCUGAGAAUUACAGAAUGUACUCCAGAAGCCAUUUUGUGAAAGGACUUGAGCUGAUGUUACUGCUAGUAGUCUAUCAGUUGUAUGGUGAUGUUGCUACGGAUUCGACUGCCUAUAUACUUCUGACAUCAUCAAUGUGGUUCUUGGUUAUCACUUGGCUAUUCGCUCCAUUCCUCUUCAAUCCAUCAGGAUUUGAGUGGCAGAAAAUAGUAGAUGACUGGACCAAGUGGAUUAGCAGUCGAGGUGGCAUCGGGGUUCCUGCUAACAAAGCUUGGGAAUCCCGGUGGGAGGAGGAGCAGCAAGCCGCCCCAUUGCCUUUAUGA